UCAACGGUCAUGUUUUGUUAUUCAAAAUAAUUUUCAGUCGCGUUUCUGUCGUUCGACUGUCGGCUUACAUUAUGGCGAAUAUAUUUGUUAGAUAUUGCCAUAACUCAAUCUUCAGGCGAAACGCAGUUACGCUACCCAAAUAUGACUUUACACCAAAACCAUAUACGGGUCCAUCACUACAAAGAACUGAUGAAAUAAAAGCCAAUCACAUCCCUCCCGCAGUGUACAAUAUAUAUAGGAAGCCAUUGGUGCUGCAUCAGGGUCGAAUGCAGUGGUUGUUUGACCACGAAGGUCGGAGAUACUUGGAUCUUUUUGGAGGGAUUGUCACAGUUUCCGUUGGACAUUGCCAUCCAAAAGUUACCGCCGCUUUACAUGAUCAAAUUAACACACUAUGGCACACGACGAAUAUAUACCGACACCCAAAAAUAUAUGAAUACGUAGAAAAACUUAUUUCUAAAUUCCCAGCAGAUUUAAAGACAGUGUACUUGGUGAAUAGUGGCACGGAAGCCAAUGAUCUGGCCAUUCUGUUGGCGCGUGCCUUCACCGGCCACGAGGACGUCAUUUCGCUCCAAAGCUGUUACCAUGGUUACUCCAGCACGAUAAUGGCGCUCACCGCUUCACAGGCUUACCGCAUGCCGCUCUCCGUACCGGCUGGUUUUCAUCAUGCGAUAUUGCCGGACCCGUACCGCGGUAUCUGGGGCGGAUGCAGAGACUCCUUGUCACAAAUAGCUGGCUCAUGUUCGUGUGUUGGAGACUGUGUGACGUCAGAGAAAUAUGUUCACCAACUCUCUGAGCUCGUAGAUAAUUCAAUACCAGCGGGUCGCGUGGCCGCAUUGUUUGCGGAGUCCGUGCAGGGCGUUAAUGGGACUGUACAGUUCACGCGAGGCUACCUCAAGCAGGCCGCUGAGCUGAUUAGAAGCAAGGGAGGCCUGUUUGUCGCUGAUGAGGUACAAACAGGUUUCGGGAGGACCGGCGAUGCGUUUUGGGGAUUUGAAAAGCACGAUGUAGUUCCCGAUAUAGUCACUAUGGCCAAAGGAAUUGGAAAUGGAUUUCCGAUGGCAGCAGUUGUUACUAGGAAAGAGAUCGCCGAAGCUCACACAAGGGCUGCCUACUUUAACACUUUCGGGGGAAACCCAAUGGCGGCUACAGUUGGGAAGGCCGUGUUGGAGGUUAUCGAAGAAGAAAAUCUUCAACAAAAUUGCAAAGAUACAGGAAAAUAUUUUAUUGAACAGCUAAUGCAAUUACAAAAGCAAUAUCCGGUGAUAGGUGAUGUCCGCGGUAAAGGGCUCAUGUUGGGAAUAGAACUCGUUGAACCUUGCACUAAAAAGCCGCUAGACAGAAGUGAUGUAACAGACAUCAUGGAAUCCAUAAAGGACCUUGGAGUUUUGAUCGGACGGGGCGGGCGUUGGAGCAAUGUUCUGAGGAUUAAGCCACCCAUGUGCAUAAAUAAGAUGGAUGUAAAUUACGCCAUAUCGGUUUUAGAUCAGUCCCUAAAGGAUUAUUUACAAAAUAAAAUCUGAACACAUUAGAUUAAACAUUGUUAUAUAAAAUACAAUAAAAAUAUUAUUCA